CCCGAGCUGGCAGUGGCCGGGCCCCCCCUUCCGCGGGUGUCGCUCUCCUCGCCUGGCUCCGCUUCGCCGCUCGCCGGGAGAGGGACGGGGAUCGCCUCGGAGGCCAGCCCUCCCCACGCGGCCGCCGGACGCGCCUCCUCCGGCCGGCCGACGCCCAGGCGCCCCAGCGGCGGCCCCUCGCCGGCAGCCGGUGCGGGAGGGCGAUGCGUUUGGAGGCCGCCGGCGCGGGAGAAGCGCCCUCAGGCGGGGACGAGCGCGGGGACUCGCAGAACUGGCCCUGGAAGAAGCUGAAGAGCACGGUGCAGUGGUCGCCCUGCGUGGUCUCCAUCCGGAAGUGCUACUCCUGGGUUCAGCUGGCCGGCCACGCAGGCAACUUCAAGGCUGGGGAUUUGGGCCACGUCUUGAAGAGACACUGCUCCAACGAGCAGCAGUGCCUGGAGUGCCUGGGAGGCGAUGCGUUGCAGCCCUAUGUCCCAGCAUAUUAUGGGAUGGUGGAGCACGAUGGGGAGCCCUACAUCCAGAUGGAAGACCUGCUGGCCGGCUUCGAGAACCCUUCCAUCAUGGACUGCAAAAUGGGCACCCGGACAUACCUGGAGGAGGAGCUGGAGAAGGCCAGGCAGCAGCCCUGUCUGCGCCACGACAUGUAUGACAAAAUGAUGGCACUGGACCCUUCCGCCCCCACGCCAGAGGAACACGCCCAGCGUGGCGUGCUGAAGCCCCGCUACAUGCAAUGGCGGGAGUCGCUCAGCUCGACCAGCACGCUUGGGUUCCGCAUCGAGGGCAUCAAGAGGGCCAGUGGCACCUGCAGCACCAGCUUUAAGAAGACCCGGCAACCUAAGCAGGUCGCGGAAGCCUUCUGGGAUUUCCUGGACAGGGACAAACACCUUUUGAACAGCUACCUGGACCAGCUGCGGGAGGUGAGAGCAGCGCUGGCUCAGUCGGAGUUCUUCAAGGCACAUGAGGUUGUGGGCAGUUCCCUCCUUUUCGUGCAUGACAAAACAGGGCUUGCCCGAGUCUGGAUGAUUGACUUUGGCAAGACGGUGCCGCUGCCCGACAAACAGACCCUGACCCAUCGGCUGCCCUGGGUGGAAGGCAACCGUGAGGAUGGAUACUUGUGGGGCUUGGAAAACCUCAUGACAAUCAUGCAGAACAUGCUGGAGAAGCCAGACAGCGUCCUGGACACAAGCCCGACAUAACCAGAGGAGCAACGUGCUGCAGCUUAGUUCCAGCAACUCUUAGUCUCAGGCAGAGGUGCUAAGAAACCCCAGGAAUGUCUAGGGCUGGACAGCAGCUCCCCAGAAACCUGGCAGCAGCAUUCUGAAUGCCCAGCAGUCAAUCUUUAUAGGUGUGCGGAAGGCCAGAGGUCCCCAGGACAGAGUUGGAGUCCUGAGGUGUUUCUUAGAAGCUGCAAUCCCACGUACGGAGUGCCCUGUAGGGAGCAAAGCUAGUUUUUGAACAAGCAGAAGGGGCAGACUUAAGAGUACCAAUGGCAAAAUGUCUUAAGAGAAGGGGGGGUGCUUCUUAAGCACCCAUCAAUCAAAUCAGCUAGAUGCAAGGACCCCAGGUGGAGUUGCUGUUCUCCACGUGAGCAGCACCGAGAAGUCUCUGCAAAACAUCUUUGUGUGGCUCAGGCAUCGAGUUUUAUGGUGCAGAGCCCUCCUGGUCAUCCUCCCGUGCUUGAAAAAGGAGCUCGGCUGAAGAACUUCCAGGUCACGUGCUGAAUGUAAGCAUGUAUAGAAACAUGAUGGAAAAGGUUCCUUUUAACCUUCCUUCCAACCUGAAUGCUGAGCCGCCCUAAGACAGGUUCUGUCUCUGCACUGGUGACUUGGACUACAAAGGAGGAUUGCUAGGAAGGCACUUCUUUAUUGGUUCCCCUUUAUUAAGCAAUCUAAAGGACACCUAGAAUGGCAAUCCUGACUGGGGUGGCCUGUAUGUUUGAUUAAAUAAAUGAAUACGUUCAAGCGA